AUGAACGAAGAACUCCUCCGCAGAUUCGAGGAGAGCAUCGCCAGCAACCAGCACAGACUCAACCAGAUCAAAAACCAGCUCAUUACCAGACAGCCCAUCUCCGGGGAGGACGAGCACUUCUUCGAGCACUUCGCAGCCACCAUCAACAACAAGCGUAAGAGCAUUUACCCUCCAGCAGCAGCAGCCAGCACUCACACCCACCUCUCCCCCACAGGCAUCCUCGAGGGCGGUCUGGACCAUGGCUCGCCCAAGAAGCCCCGCAUCCCCCAGGAGCCUGAAGGCCGCGCCCAUCCUCCGACGGCGCCGAACCGGAGCCUGAGCUUGGGCGACCUGCACGGCUUCCGGGGGAGCAGACGCGAGCUCGCCACGCCCGCACAGAAGCAGGAGAUCCUCGCCUGGCACCAUGCCCACGGCUCCAACCAGACCCAGACCGCCAGGCACUUCGACCAACGCUACCCCAGCCUCAAGCUCUCCCAGCCGCUGAUCUCCGGAUGGCUCAAGGGAUCGAGACAGCAGAAGACGAAACACGUCCAGGUGACCGAGGCGCUCGAGAAAUGGUGCCACCAGGCCGUCCGCGACCGCCUCGACCUCAACGGCGACGUGAUCCGCGAGAAGUGGCGCGAGUUUGCCCGCUUCUACCAGAUCCCCCCCGCCAGCUGGCUCAAGCUCUCCGAGGGCUGGCUCAGCAGCUUCAAGGAACGCAACGGCCUCAAAGGCUUCAAGCGCGCCGGCGCCCACACCAAUCCGCCCGCCUCGGCCGCCAGGAAGACGGCGGCCCGGGCGCCGCCCAAGCGCGGACCGGCGGACGGCCAUCCCUGCUCGCGCGAGGCCUCCGUCCGGCCGCCCACGGCUUCCGCCUCCCCGCCCACCACCGGCGGCUCCGACAUCCCGCCCGCCGCUGAGGGCACGUCGGGGCCCCUGGCGUACCCGUUCCUCCAUGGCCCGCCCGCACCCCGCCCGCCCUUCCCGCUCCCCCACCGCGCCUCGCCGGCUUCGCUCGACACAGGCCUCCGCCCCGCUCACCACUCGUUCCCCGACCUGCUCCUCCCCGCCACCCUCCACCCCGGCCUGGCCACCCUCCCCUCCCAGGGGCCCCUCCGCCACGCCAACCCGCUCUUCGACGCCCGUCUCGCCCCCCCGCCCGCCCUGUCCCUCCCCGCCCGCGCCCCAGGCCUCCCGGGCCCCCAGAUCCACGCCCGUCCGCCCCGGCCUGGCGGCGCCUGCGCCGAGGACCCUCCCCCGCCGCUUUCGCCCCGCCCCGCCUCCCCGCCCCCCGACCCCCGGCUGUCCCUGCUUCCAUCCCCCCUUCCACACCUCCAUCCGGGGCCCGCAAACAUGCUCCACCUCGCCCACUUCCACGCCUGA